CGUGUACUGCGUUCAAAACGUUUUGUAAAUACUUUUAUUUCAAUCUUAUUUGUACUUUCACCGUAUCCAUUGUCCGAGCUACAGCUACUGUUUAUGGUAGUAAAUUAAAUAAAGUGUCAGUCGAAGCGGGGUUGUCGCUAACAAUGGAUCUCCUCGAUCAGUUAAUGUUAACCGAAGUAUAUUAUCCUAUAAAGGUCAGGCCGGAGUUUGGCCGGCGCAGUGACCACCGCGCGGCCGCCAGCGCGCAGCGCGCACGUUAUCAAUCCUACACGGCUACACGCUACACCUCUCUACACAAAAAUCUCGAACGGGAAUACCGGAUACCGACGCAGUGCUAAGAAAAUAUAACCGUCUCUUUCCAAUACAUCGUAAAAGGGCCGCGUUUUUGUAUUCCGUCCUUGUCCACAACCGCGGCGCGAUAUCGCGCUAUGCUUAUAGUUAGAAAUAUGUAACUGAAUAGUUUACUUUUGUGUGUAGUUUUGCCAAGUUGAUGUCGCUCGGAAUUAGAAUAGCUGCAUGUUCGCCGCUACUCCGCUACCAAAGUGUCAAGUGUAUUAAAAAUUAAUAUUUACGUGGAGUGUUCCAGUGUUCCGAGUUCGGGCAAUAUUUUAUUGUGCAAGUGAGAGAUGCGCUCGGGUGUGCGAUGGCGCGGAAACGGCACAUAUUUUAGAUUCCAAUAAUGAACGAAAGUUAGUGAUUUAACUGCAGAUUAUGUGCUGUGUGUAUAAAUAACAGUGAUUUUUUUAUUGUGAAAAUGUUCAACGGGAGAUUUUCUCUAUUUAACGUCUCAGUAUGGGUUCUGACGGUAUACCUCGUGUUCCACGUGCCCCUCAUCGAGAUGAGGGUUGAUGACUUCGAGCAGCAGGCGCUGGCACAAGCCAGGGAGCAACCACCAGUGUCGACGGAGAAGCCGGAGCCUAUCAACCAGCACUUGAAGCUGGGCAAGUGCUUCCACAUGCCUCGCUCCAAGUGUCCAGCAGAACCGAACUGCACGAAGGUCGGCUCCAUGUCUGUCUUCUGUUGUGACCUGGACAGCGCCCGGCUGAAGGAGGCACUGGCUUCUUCUAUUACACAAAACACGACAUAUCUUCACGUCCUGAACGCCACCAUUGAUGAGCUGGACGUCUCCCAGGCCAUGUUCCGAAGACUAGCUUCCAUGGCCUUCACUGAUGGGAACAUCGACAAAAUUGUUGGACAGUUUCCGAAACACUCAUCAGUAGCGUGUCUGAACAUCUCGAAUAACAACCUGACGAGUGCCAAGCUGCAGCCUGCCAUCCAGAGGCCGUACGCCUACCUCUUCAACUUGAGCGUGCUGGACGCGUCUGCAAAUAACCUCACAGAGUUCCCAUUAAGCCUGGUCCACAGUAAUCGGAAGAUUUCUGUAGAUUUGUCAGGUAACAGGUACCUCCCCUGCAAGAACUUCAUGAAGGCGAUGGAAGCCAACAACUCGUCUUCGGUGACCUUCCUCAACUACCGGGACACCUACUGCGCCCUGGACAUCAGCUUCAACUGGUUCAAAGAUGUCAGAGUAGUCCAGAUUGACCAUCUGAGGAUACAGAAAGAGGUACUUAACGAGAGCUGUCGCAACAUAAAACCGGCGAAUAUAAACUGCACCUGCAUUCCGGAGCGGUUGGAGUUCUCCGGCGAUGUGAUCACCAACCUGGUUGCCGUGGACUGUUCCCAGCGUAACCUGACCUCGUUGCCGACUGACUUGCCACACAACACCGUCAAGCUGAACGUAUCUUAUAAUAACAUCACCUCGUUGCAAACAGUGGCAGACGACCCCACGUACGAGCACCUGCGGCAGCUGAUAUUAGACCAUAACGAUAUACCGUACAUCCUGGAGCUGGAGGGCACCAAGUUCAUUGACAACUUCAUGCUGUUCUCUAUUGCUUAUAAUAAGCUGAAGACUAUACACACAUAUGUGCUGUCGAAUCGUUUCUACAAAACGGGGCUGGCGCUGUUGAUAGCAGGCAACUACAUAAACUGUGACUGUAACACUGAGAAAACUUUGAAGCCGUGGUUACUAGAAAACUUUAAGAACAUCCCUGACUAUAAGAUGUUGCUGUGUGACGACAAAGUUCCUGUGGUUGACUUGGUUGAGUCACAAGUCUGCCAUACGCCUCGCGACUGGACAGAUUACAUAUACUAUAUCAUCGGAUUAGAAGUGCUUAUCUUAGUGCUUCUCAUUAGUAAAGUGUCUUAUGACUAUUGGGUGUUCAAAACCGCUGGGUAUCUACCCUGGCCAGCGAAUAAAAUGCCGAGAUUGCCAUGCGAUUGGCUAUGCGAGUAGGUUGCCGGUUGAUUGGCGACCGUCAGCUUUGGUUGGCGUUGGUUGAUUGGCAACCAAUGACACCAACUCUGCGCAAGCAAAA